CUAAAGUGAGUUGUGAACGAGGAGACCAGUUGUUGUCGUCGCUGCCUCCACUCGCUUCACCUUUGUUGAAUAGAGUUUCCGUUUCUCAGCGUCGAUUUUGUCGCCUUUGGGCUCGCAUCCUCCCGAGGCGGCAAGGCCGAUGGCAUUCGUCGCGCCGCCUCCUUCGCCCUUCCUCGCCGUCGCCCUUCUCAUUCUCGGCGGCCUCACCACUGGCGAAGGAUGCUUCUCCGCCAUCUUCUGCUUCGGCGACUCCAUCACCGAUACCGGCAACGCCGUUCUCCUCGGUGGAGUGGGCGGUCCCGGUGGCGUCUCGCCGUAUGGACGUACCUUCUUCGGCCGCCCCACUGGCCGCUACACCGACGGCCGCGUCAUCCUCGACUUCAUUGCGCAGGGAUUUGGGUUGCCGCUGGUCCGGCCGUACCUUGAGGGAGGGGAUUUUCGCAAGGGGGCUAAUUUUGCGGUUGCGGGAGCCACGGCGCUCGACCUUGACUUUUUCAGUGCGAAGGAGAUUGAUGCUUCGUGGACUCGCAAGUCGUUGCGCGUGCAGAUUGAGGAGUUCAAACAAUUGCUGCCUUCGCUAUCCUCUGAUCCUAAAGAAUUACUGAAUACUUCAUUGAUUCUGAUGGGAGAGAUUGGUGGGAAUGACUACAACCAUCCAUUCUUCCAAGGCAACAAGGCUGAUGAUAUAAGAACCUUCGCUCCUAGUGUGAUUAGUGCAAUUGGUUCUGCCAUCAGUGAUUUAAUAGAAUUUGGGGCAAAGACAUUCUUAGUUCCUGGAAAUUUUCCAAUUGGAUGUGUUCCAGCAUAUCUAGAUGUGUUUGAAAGCAAUAAUGCUGAGGAAUAUGACUCAGGAACAGGGUGUAUUAAGUGGUUGAAUGAGUUCUCUGAGUACCACAAUCACCUACUUCUGGAAGAGUUGGAACGGCUUCGAAAGCUUCACCCACAUGUUACCAUCAUCUAUGCAGAUUACUACAGUGCAACUAUAAGCUUCUUCCAUGCCCCCCAACUUUUUGGAUUUAAGGCAACACUGCAUGCAUGUUGCGGAAACGAUGGCCGAUAUAAUGUCAGCCGAACUGUUCAGUGUGGUCACAAGGAGGCAAAGGUCUGCAGCGAUCCAUCAGCUUUCAUUUCCUGGGAUGGAAUUCACCUAACUGAGGCAGCUUAUGGCACAAUAGCAGAGAGUUUAUUAGAAGGUCCGCAUGCCAAUCCUCCAUUGUUGGGAGCAUGUCCAGCCACUCAACGAAGUGAAACUUAUGACUUCUAGCGAAUUUGGUCUAGGGAUAGUUCAUCCAAUCCCAAAUUCCCUGAUGCAAGACUGGUAUAAGCUCAUUUAAUUUCGAAACAUCUUUGCGACCUAUUUUUGCUGCAUUGCCUUGUUGUUGGUAGCUCCAUUGAUAUAUUUUUGAGAACUCU